AAACGGAAGUACUCAUCAUCAUCAUCAUCAUCAUCAUCAUCAUCAUCAUCAUCAUCAUCAUCAUCAUCAUCAUCAUCAUCAUCAUCAUCAUCAUCAUCAUCAUCAUCAUCAUCAUCAUCAUCAUCAUCAUCAUCAUCAUCAUCAUCAUCAUCAUCAUCAUCAUCAUCAUCAUCAUCAUCAUCAUCAUCAUCAUCAUCAUCAUCAUCAUCAUCAUCAUCAUCAUCACCUUCAAUUAAAUUUCGAAUCUACUGUAAACACUUUUUAUUCCAGUCUGUGGAAUUAUUUCCAUUUACAAUGAUUUUGCGUGUAAGAGUUACAUUAGCCAGUUAUUAA